AUGUCGAGCCACGGCGGAGCUCCUGCAACCUCUGAUCGUCCAUCAUCUCCUCAGCCGAAGAAACCUAAAUCCCGAGAAGUUAGCUCGAGGUUCCUCUCGCAGGCGGCCCCGAGCGCCGCCGCCGCCAAUUCGUCGUACUCAUCGUCCGACGUCGGAAAUCAAUCCCCAAACAGCACACUAAUUUUCUCCCCACGGCAAAAGCACAAGCAACCGCCGGCUAAUUACUCGAGAAAGCACAAAAGCUACGAGAAUUCGGGGUUUUUCCGCGGGCUCUGGCCCUCAUCUUCCCCAAAUCCGUCGACAAUUGCUGCAAAAUCCGGAGAUAGGUCGCUCACCAGGCAAAAGAGCUGCACGGAGUUCAGCAGGUUCGACGAUCGGAAAAUUCAGAUCUCCAAUUUACCCGCAAAAGGUAAUCAGAAGCCCUGUUUAGGAGGAUCCAUGAGAUACACAGAGAAGCCGAUCAAAUUCGAUGAAAAAUCAGACGAAAAUGUCCUAAUUGCUCCCGGGAGACUCCUAAUCGACACGGAACUUUUAUUGGGCUCGGAUGAGCUUAGAAAUUCCGGCAGGAUGAGCUGUGAAACUCCGGCGGGCGGGAAAUAUUCCGCGGCGUCUUACAUGUCCCCAACUCUGAGCUCGAGAAAACACGGAGUUGAGCCGUCGAGGUCAAGGAGAUGGAGUGCUGAUUCUGGGCCCAAUCAGAAGCCCGUUGUUUCAUCUUCAGAAUGUAAUAAUAAUCAUAAUAGUUAUUUUAGUAGUUCUUCGAAGGUUUUGAAUUUCAAGAAUGCUACGAAGAAGACAGAUGGGAAUCGGGCCCAGUCAGGCUCCGGAAAAUCGAAGUCCAGUGAAGAGAAGGGGAAGAUGAAGAGUAUUCUGAGCCUGGGAAUUGGAUUGUUGAAAGGGAAGAAGCCCGUUUCGAGUCUGUCGCCUUUCGGGCCGGGCUCGUCUUAUGAUGUUCAUCAGUUGAAGUUGCUGCAUAAUAGGUUGAUGCAAUUGAGGUUCAUUAAUGCCCGAGCUAAGACUGUCAACGGGAAUGUGUUUAAGCAGGUUGAGGUAUGUAUCUAG